UUCUCGGGAUGCCUCCUCCGCCUUCGUUCCAUGGCAGGGUUGCGUCCCCAUGGGCAGCCGUCCACCGGUGCCCUCGACACCGGCGCUGCUUCUAACCACCACCUCCUCGCGGAGAAGGCCCUCACCUACCUCAGGCACGGGUGCCCCCUUGACUCCCUCGCCGCCGCCUACACGCCGGAGGCCGCCGCCCACGCCCUCCUCCUUGCCCAGCCCCACCGCCCGCUCCUCCUCGCCUUCCUCCGCUGGGCCACGCCUCUCCCCUUUUUUUCCGCCUCCCUCCGCCCCCAGUCCCUCGCCCUCCACCUCCUCUCCCGUCUUCGCCGCCUUCCCGCCGCCCUUUCCCUCGCCCGCCGCCUCGCCUCCCGCUUCCCCCUCGCCGCCCUCUUCGACUCCCUCGCCUCCACCCUUCCCCUCCUCCGCCCCCCUCCUCCGUCUCCCUCCGCCGCCUUCGACCUGCUUAUCAGGUCAUACUCCUCCCUCUUCCUUGUCCCGCAAGCCAUCUCCGCCCUCUCCCUCACCAAAGAUGCUGGCUUUUCCCCUGCCCUUCUCUCCUAUAACUCCAUCCUCGACGCCAUGUUCCGUUCUGGUCGAACCCAUCCUCGAACUGUUGAAAUGUUCCUCGCCGACAUGACUAGCUCCGGCGUUUCCCCGAAUGUCUACACCUACAACAUACUUAUUAGAGGCUUCUGUUCAUGGGGCGAACUGAAUCGUGCGUCAUCUCUCUUCUCUGAGAUGGCGCUCGCAGGGUGUUCGCCAAAUGUUGUCACAUACAACACUCUAAUUGAUGGUCUCUGCAAGUCGGGGAAGGUUGACGAUGCACGCAUGCUGCUGAUGACGAUGAAGGAGAAUGGGCUUAAGCCUAAUUUGGUUACCUGUAAUUCAAUCGUCAACGGGCUGUGCCACAAGGGUCAGGUGAAGGAGUCGAGCAAAUUUGUCGAUGAGAUGGUGAGAGAAGGAUUGGUCCCUAAUGUCAUUACGUAUAAUACACUUGUCAAUGGAUACUGCAGGGAGGGAGACGUGCAUCGAGCUCUCCUACUGCAAGCAGAGAUGGCUCACAAGGGGGUGGCCCCUGAUGUUGUCACAUACACUACAUUGGUCAACGCAAUGUGUAAAGCUGGGAACUUGAGGAGAGCAAUGGAGCUUGUCAGCCAAAUGAAAGAACGAGCGCUUAGGCUUAAUGAGGAAACUUUCACAACUUUGAUCGAUGGUUUCUGCAAGAAGGGGUUCCUGGAUGAUGCACUCUUGAUCAUGAAACAAAUGAAGGAGAGUGGAAUUAGGCUUUCUGUUGUGACUUAUAAUGCUUUGAUUAAUGGGUAUUGUCUGUUGGGAAGAAUGGAUGAAGCAUUGAAGAUUAUUCGAGAAGAUAUGGAAACAAAUGGGUUUAUGCCAGAUGUAGUUACUUACAAUACGAUUUUGAGUGGGUACUGUAGGAAUGGAGAUAUUAAUCUGGCAUUUCAGUUUAAUCAAGAGAUGCUUGACAAGGGUAUCUUGCCUGAUGCUAUUACUUACUCUUCACUUAUUAGGGGUCUUUGUGAAGGAAAAAGACUGGAUGAUGCAUGCAAGCUUUUUCAGAAGAUGUUGAGUUUGGGUAUAUGUCCUGACAACUAUACAUACACCACACUGAUUGAUGGCCACUGCAAGGAGGGGGAACUGAAGAAGGCUUUCCUUCUUCAUGAUGAAAUGAUAAAGAAAGGGAUCCUUCCGGAUGUCGUGACUUAUAGUGUGCUUAUAAAUGGCCUCCAAAAAGCAGCUCGGACAAAGGAAGCAAAACGACUCCUGCUUAGGAUGUGCCAUGAUGAGUCUGUUCCUGAUAGUGUUACAUACGACAUACUGAUUGAUUGUUGUGGCAAAGUAGAGUUUAAGAGUUUGUUGUCGCUUCUAAAGGGUUUCUGUAUGAAAGGGUUGAUGAAUGAAGCUGAUGAGGUAUUCAACUCUAUAGCAGAAAGGAAUUGGAAGCCUGAUGCUACUGCAUAUAACAUUGUUAUUCAUGGACACUGUAGAGCAGGAAAUGUUCAUAGGGCGGUUAGCCUAUAUGAAGAUAUGCUACAGGCUGGUUUUCUUCCAAAUGCAAUUACUGCUAUUUCUCUUAUUAAGGGUCUUUCCCAGUUCGGAACAAAUGAGAAACUGGAUCAAAUAAUUCAACAGCUAUUGGGAGGUUCUUUGCCAACAUAUUCUCAAAAAUCAAAGGUUCUUGUUGAAGUGAACCACAAGGAUGGGAACAUGGACGCUGUGUUGGAUGCUUUGACUGACUUGGCAAAGGAUGGACUUCUUCCUAAUGGUGGUGAACUAAAAGGAUGACUCACUAAUUUAUGAUGUUGGAAAUUCAUCUCAUAUUGCUAAAGAUCAUGCCUACAGGCAAAGAUUGAUGACCAUGUUCUUCCAUUGGCAUAAGAAAAUUUAAAGCCAGACUUGAGAGCCGGAUCAAUGUGUAUGCAUGGUUUUAGGGGGCAACAUCUAUGUAACAUCGGAGAGCCGUACAAAAGCGAGUUAAACCAAGAGUGAUAUAUCAGUCAGUACUCAUACUCAUCACCAGAUAGUUUUAAUUUAGUUAACAGAUCAUAAAUAGUUACUGAUUGUAUCACACACUUCAAAUUCUGGAAGUAACAAGGCAGGAACAACCUUGAAGCAUCUCUAUCAGGAUUGCUUCUGGGAUUGUCAACAUAAAAGGGAGUUCAGAGGUUGCUUGCAAUGCAAUGUACAAGGAGGAUUACUGUACAUAAGUCGGUACAUUUAUACAUGAAGAAAAAUUAGUUCCAUUGCUCCAACUCUGAUCGCUUAGAUUGCAGGGGAACAAACUUGCUAGUACAUAUCAAAGCUUGUUCUAUGAUAUUACCAAUAUCUAUUCUAAAAAUUUUAGACAGGUGCAAUGGUCCUAAGUAUGUGGUAAUGGAGUUGAUUGCAAUGGUUCGAUGUUGUUUUGGAAACUGACCUCAUUUAUGCAAGUUCUCUAAUUUUUUCUGUCCUCGUACAUAAAUAAGAAAAACUGGAAAAUUUUUGACCUGGACACUCUCCCAAAGGAGUUGGUUCCGGUUUUGAUCAAGUAUUAGAGGAGCGGUCAACGACAGGAAGAGAUCAAACGUGAACUGUUCAACAGGUCACCAGGGAAGACAAAAGGGAGCAGCAACUCAACAGGAUCCAAUGGCUGAUCCGUUGUCUUCAGAAAACUACAGUUGACAACUCAACAGGAUGCGGCAACUACAGUUGACUUCAGAAAACUUCUCCAUUGUUUCACUCUAUUUUCACUUCAAUGCUGGAUGGAUUCGGAGAUUUUUGCUCUCAGUAUCUAUGAGCCACAAUUGGGAUGAGGAGGACAGUUUUCCAUGAAAGAACAUGAACAAUAUGUGGGAGUCUCUCUAGCAGCAUCUGCCACUCAACAUGAGCGGUCAUUCCAUGAUGGAAUAGGGAAGUUCUCCGAGAAGAUCGAGGUCUUGGAAGGUUGGAUCAGUCUUUGCCUAUUAUCUCUCUUUUGUGGUAGGAGUUUAGUGUACCGAGUUGAACACUGCUGAGCACAUCAAGCCAUGGGACAAAGUUUGGUGGGGAUGGAGGUGCAUUUUACAAGCUUCUUUACUGAUGUAAUGUAAGCUCGUCUGAUAUCUUAUGUUCUUAUCUCUUCUGUCCUGAAAACAAAAAAUAAUGUCGUGCAUGAAGAGGAUUACUAAACCCUAGAGAGUAACAGUCAAGCUUCUACAGCGUCUAGAUUUGAGACCCAGUACACUGGGGUGUGGAUUUAUUUUAGUGGCAAACCAGGUGCAGAUUCUGAAGACAGCUUUUAUCUGCAUGCUUCCAUUUC